AUGUCGAGAUCCCUUGCUGAACAACACAUCUCAUCGAUCGACGAUUUGUCCCAUGCUGUUGCUGGCGUAGCUCAUGUGGAGAAGCCUUAUGAAGAAGGCCGUGUCACGAUUCGCAAAAUGAAGAUCCUCAAAGAGCCAGAGGACAAGGAGUUUACCGAAGCAAAGGCUAAACUGGAAAUGUGGACAAACGACAGAAAGAGUUUGGAAACUUGGACUUUGAACUGGUUCAUGUACUGGGUUACCUGUGAAGUUGCGUCGGAAAAGGACCGAUGUGAACAGGGGAUCAAGAAAGCCGAAGUUCUUGUUGAAGAAGCUCAAAAGCAGCUUGACGCCGCAAAUGACCGAAUUCGUGAGAUUGAGGAACCCCAUGAAAAACUUGCGGUUGACAACCGGUCUUUGCUAAAGUAUCGUGAAGAAUUGACAGAGCUGCUGGACAGUGUUUUGCAAGAUGGGGACUUUCCAACUGAGAAGGAGCUGAAAUCGCAAGUUGAUGCUACCAAGGCCACAAUUGAAAAGAUCUCUGAAGAUGACGAAAAGAUUGAACAAGUGAUCAAGUUACUCAAGGAAUGCGAUAUGGCCUUACUCGAGGCCAUUGUUGAACUCCGUCAAUCGAACGACAACAAGACCUUGAGCGAAGGCCAAGUGUAUUUCCCACAAGCAGCCUUCGAUGCGUUAAAGUCUGCACGCGAAUUAUACCCUGAGCUUCCAGGCAUUCCCUCUCCUGUCGAGUACCGAAAGGAGGCAGAUAACACUGGAGCUUACUACUCCCCCAUGCAAAAAUACCUCUGGGAUGUCCGACACAGCUUGGACGACUUGAUAAAAUGGUGUGAUGCUAAACUUUUGGAACAUAUGGAUGACAAGGCAGAACAAAUCAUCCAACUUGGUGCCAAGACGGACGAAUGGAACCUUGAACGAAGACGCCUGGUGCGCGAAGUGAUUUUGAGUGCUUAA